AGGAGCCUGAGCCGCAGCCGGAGCCGGAGCCGGAGCGAGCCCGCCCCGGGGGGAGGAGGGCGAGGGCGGCGAGCCAUGACGGGCGGCGGCGCCGCGAAGCGCCGGCGGUGGUAGAGACAGCGAGCCCCGAGCGCGGAGCGCGGAGCCCGCGGGGCAGCGCCGAGGGGGCCGCCAUGGGCAACGCGGGCAGCGUGGACGCGCAGCACACCGAGCUGCGGGCGCACAGCCUGCCCCUCAAGCUGCCCAUGCCCGAGCCCGGCGAGCUGGAGGAGCGCUUCGCCGUGGUCCUGAAUUCCAUGAACCUGCCUCCCGACAAGGCGCGGCUCCUGCGGCAGUACGACAACGAGAAGAAGUGGGAGCUCAUCUGCGACCAGGAAAGAUUCCAAGUGAAGAAUCCUCCACACACGUACAUCCAGAAAUUAAAGGGCUAUCUGGACCCAGCAGUAACCAGGAAGAAGUUCAGAAGACGAGUCCAGGAGUCGACCCAAGUGCUGCGAGAACUGGAAAUUUCCUUAAGAACAAACCACAUUGGGUGGGUGAGGGAGUUCCUGAACGAGGAGAACAAGGGCCUGGAUGUGCUGGUGGAGUACCUGUCCUUUGCACAGUAUGCAGUCACGUUUGACUUCGAGAGUCUGGAGAACAGCGUGGAGAACCCCAUGGACAAGUCCAAGCCCUGGAGCCGCUCCAUCGAGGACCUGCACCGGGGCACCAACCUGCCCUCCCCGGUGGGGAACAGCACGUCCCGCUCGGGCCGCCACUCCACCCUCCGGUACAACACCCUGCCGAGCCGGAGGACGCUCAAAAACUCCCGAUUAGUGAGCAAAAAGGACGAUGUUCACGUCUGCAUCAUGUGCCUGCGGGCCAUAAUGAACUACCAGUACGGAUUCAACAUGGUCAUGUCCCACCCCCACGCCGUCAAUGAGAUUGCACUGAGUCUGAACAACAAGAACCCCAGGACAAAGGCCCUUGUGCUGGAACUCCUGGCAGCCGUUUGCCUCGCGGGGGGACACGAGAUCAUCUUGUCAGCCUUUGACAACUUCAAGGAGGUGUGUGGGGAGAAGCAGCGCUUCGAGAAGCUCAUGGAGCACUUCAGAAACGAGGACAACAACAUAGACUUCAUGGUGGCCUGCAUGCAGUUCAUCAACAUCGUGGUGCACUCCGUGGAGGACAUGAACUUCCGAGUGCACCUGCAGUACGAGUUCACCAAGCUGGGCCUGGACGAGUACCUGGAUAAGCUGAAGCACACAGAGAGUGACAAGCUGCAGGUGCAGAUCCAGGCCUACCUGGACAACGUGUUCGACGUGGGAGCUUUGCUGGAAGACGCCGAGACCAAGAACGCGGCCCUGGAGAGGGUGGAGGAACUGGAAGAGAACAUUUCUCACUUAUCUGAAAAGCUCCAGGAUACGGAGAACGAGGCCAUGGCCAAGAUUGUGGAACUGGAAAAGCAACUUAUGCAGAGGAACAAAGAACUGGACGUGAUCCGGGAGAUCUACAAAGAUGCCAAUACCCAAGUUCACACCCUGAGGAAGAUGGUGAAGGAGAAGGAAGAAGCCAUCCAGCGCCAGUCCACGCUGGAGAAGAAGAUCCACGAGCUGGAGAAGCAGGGAACCAUCAAGAUCCAGAAGAAAGGGGAUGGGGACAUCUCCAUCCUUCCCGUGGCUCUGGCCUCUGGGAUGGUGCCAGCAGGGUCAGAGGUGUCAGGGACGCCUGGCACACCCGGAGCUGCAUCCUCAGUGCCAUUGCCACCCCCUCCACCGCCCUUACCUGCCAUGGCAGGGACUCCUGAGGCAGUGCCCAAUGGCCCCGUGUCGGUGCCGAUGCCGCCUCCCCCUCCGCCCCCGCCGCCUCCCCCACCGCCUCCUCCUCCUCCUCCUCUGCCAGGGCCGGCUCUGGACACGACUCCAGCAGCUCCACUGCCCCCACCACCCCCUCCCUCAGCUCCCCCCCUGCCCGGGACGGCCUCUCCCACCGUGGUCUUCAACUCAGGCCUCGCAGCUGUGAAGAUCAAGAAGCCCAUCAAGACCAAGUUCCGCAUGCCCGUGUUCAACUGGGUGGCCCUGAAGCCCAACCAGAUCAACGGCACCGUCUUCAACGAGAUCGACGACGAGAGGAUCCUCGAGGAUCUGAACGUGGAUGAAUUCGAAGAAAUAUUCAAAACAAAGGCCCAGGGCCCAGCCAUUGAUCUGACCUCCAGCAAGCAGAAGAUCACCCAGAAAGGCUCCAACAAGGUCACGUUGCUGGAUGCCAACAGGGCCAAGAACCUGGCCAUAACCCUCCGGAAAGCCGGGAAGACGGCGGACGAGAUCUGCAAGGCCAUCCACGUGUUUGACCUGAAGACGCUGCCGGUGGAUUUUGUGGAGUGCCUGAUGCGGUUCCUGCCCACGGAGAACGAGGUGAAGGUGCUGCGCCUGUACGAGCGGGAGCGGAAGCCCAUCGAGAACCUGUCGGACGAGGACCGGUUCAUGAUGCAGUUCAGCAAGAUCGAGAGGCUCAUGCAGAAGAUGACCAUCAUGGCCUUCAUCGGCAACUUCGCCGAGAGCAUCCAGAUGCUGACCCCGCAACUCCACGCCAUAAUCGCUGCCUCUGUCUCCAUAAAGUCAUCCCAAAAGCUUAAGAAGAUACUGGAGAUCAUCCUGGCUCUUGGGAACUACAUGAACAGCAGCAAACGAGGCGCUGUCUAUGGCUUUAAGCUGCAGAGUUUAGACCUGCUCCUGGAAACCAAGUCGACAGACCGGAAGCUGACGCUGCUGCACUACAUCUCCAACGUGGUCAAGGAGAAGUACCAGCACGUGUCCCUCUUCUACAACGAGCUGCACUACGUGGAGAAGGCAGCAGCAGUGUCCCUGGAGAACGUGCUGCUGGACGUGAAGGAGCUGCAGCGGGGCCUGGAGCUGACCAAGCGCGAGUACACCAUGCACGACCACAACACCAUGCUCAAGGACUUCAUCCAGAACAACGAGGGCAAGCUCAAGAAGCUGCAGGACGACGCCAAGAUAGCCCAGGAUGCCUUUGAUGAUGCUGUGAAGUACUUCGGGGAGAAUCCCAAGACAACUCCCCCCUCGGUCUUUUUCCCGGUGUUUGUCCGGUUUGUGAAGGCCUACAAGCAAGCAGAGGAAGAGAAUGAGCUGAGGAAAAAGCAGGAACAGGCCUUAAUGGAAAAACUUAUGGAGCAGGAAGCAUUGAUGGAGCAGCAGGACCAAAAGUCCCCCUCCCACAAGACGAAGCGGCAGCAGCAGGAGCUGAUCGCGGAGCUGCGGCGGCGGCAGGUCAAGGACAACCGGCACGUGUACGAGGGCAAGGACGGCGCCAUCGAGGACAUCAUCACAGAUCUUCGGAACCAGCCGUACCGCCGGGCCGAUGCGCUGAGGAGGAGCGUGCGCCGCCGCUUCGACGAGCAGGGCCUGCGCUCGGCCGGCGGCCCCGACGUGGCCAUGUGAGAGCCGGGGCUCCCCCGGGGCCUCGGCCACCUCAGCCCUGCGCUCCUCCAGCCUCGGGAACAGCCAAACACCCCUGCCGGGAACGCCGCGCCCGGAGCCACCAAGUGCCUGAGAUGGAAGGACCCGCCCGGGACCCUCGGUGUCUGCAACCAAAAUGUACCGUGCCCCUCAUCUGGGGGUCGCUUUGGCUGCCUGAGGGCGCGGUUCGGCCUCUCCCCUGCGGGCCCGACCGGUUGGAAACUGGGAAUAACUGGGAAUAACUGGGAUGUGCUCAGCUUUCACGUGCUCGGCUUCUGAAUGGUUCCUGUGCUGGCGCCCAGGGCCUCAGCUGCACUUAGGGCUUGGGUUUUUAAUUUCAGAGGAAGAUAUUUAAGGGCUUUCUGUAGAAAUAACAACCCCAAGGAGUGAGCCAGCUCUUUUCCCACCCCAGGCGCCUCCGGAGCUGGAUGUGGGACCAAACCCAUCCGUGAUCCUGGGGAGAGGAACCGAACGAGGUCACCCCAGGCAGGGAGGGUUUGGGGUCUGGGGGCUCAGGGCAGGGAGGGGAGGCCUGGCUGGCACUCACAGCUCUGGAGUAACAGCUAUUUAUUAAUUAGCACUAAGCCAAUUAACACCUCAGUAAUCAGUAUUAGGCUCUGGGACCAUCUCAGUCCAGUUCCUCCCCAGGGCCCAGCCCAGCCCCGCUCUGAGGGAUCCCAGCCCGGGACAAUCCCAGCCCCAUUCCCUGCUGAGGCUCCUUCGGGCACCAAAGCCAAGCCCAGCCUAAAACCCCAGGCAGGUUGGAGCUCCUAAAUGGUUUUUUCCAGCCUCAAAAAGGGACAGGAGACGUUUUAGGCCCGUCUUGCACCCCCAGAUCCCGGAGCAGUGGGAGGAAUCCAAGGCCUUGAUUGAUCCUCCCAGCUGGGAAGAACUGGACUGAAGAGAGGGAAUUGUCCUUUCCAAGCCCCGUUUUCGCUUCCAGCUUCUUUCCUGGGCUCGUCACCCCCGUGUCCAUUGUAAAAUUUCUUGUAUAGUAUUUAACCACUGAAUUUCUUUGCCCCUCUCCGUUGUGCUCCCUUGAACCACUGGUGAAGGUCCCUGGAUCCUCCUCCCCCUCGGAUAACGUGUAGUUAUAUGAUAAUCUGUUUUUAAAUGUACAGAUAUUUUGCUACAAAAUUGGUGCAGUUUUUUAUGGUUUUUACACUUCUCUUUUAUCCCCUCCCUGUUCCCCCCCCCUUUAGCCUCUGGGUAAUAUUGUAAAUAUUGUUUAAAAUGAAAUAAAUGCAUCAAGCCUGUGCUAUACAAUCUGAAUGUUAUUUUAACUUAUAGUUUUUGUUUUUAUAUUUAACUAAACGGACAGUUUGGGGCUCAGAGUUACCACGUUGACCUAUUUACAGGAAUUUUGACUUUCAAAACUGCCAGUUCCUUGCAUUUACAGCACUUGACCCACUAAAGAGAACAUGCCACGACAUCCUUUGCCUCCCUGGGCAGUCACAAGGAGUGUUGGAAUGGAAAUAAAUUUUAAAUUAAAUGGAAGAAACGAUUGGUUAACAAGCACCAGAUCUCACCUCCUUCAGCUCAAAGGUAUUUUUUUAAUUAAAGACCCAAAUUCUCCAGGCUGGCAUGUUCUCUUUAAUAUUUUUCUAGUAAUAGAUCUGCUUCUUAGCAAGAUUAGAGUGUUUUAUAAAGCAGUUCACGUUCCUUUCCUGGUCUGUUCCUGCCAUAAAAUCAAAUAAACUAUUUACACUACUACACCCAAA